GGAACUAAGAAGUAUAAUGCUCAGCUCUUAAUUAUUUUAACAUCUUUUCAAGGAUGACAGUAGAGGUGACUGCUGAAAUGGGAAGCUCUGGAGCUUUAACUAAAGAUAUAACUAAUCCUUGCAGAGAAUCUGAGCUAAGGAAGAUGUAUGCAAAAUUAAGAGUAAGUGUGUUCUCAGAAUAUAUGAUGGAAAUAAGAGAGAUCAUCAACCGAAGAAAUUGCUGCACAGAAAAAAAGGGUAGCAGCAAUGUUAAAGGUAAUGUCUAUCAACAGUGUUCACAGUUAUCAUUCCUACACCAUUAUCAUGAACUUGGAUACUGUGAGCCUGAUCCUCUGUCUAAAUUGGCUGAUAAGUGUUACUACGUCGGCUGUCUGAUGGCUUUACAUAAUCCACCUUUGCAGCUUGACUGGGAGAGCAAAGAUAGAAAUUAGCAAUUAGACAUCUUCCCACCUAUUAAGAGUAGAGAGA